UAACAUCUUCCCGCGCUUUGGUUGGCGACCAUGCGUGAGAGCUAGAGAGAUAUUCCGCUUUGUAUUGGCAGCUCUAGUUCUUUCCGGUCAACUUUCAGAACCGUCAACAUGGGUAAGCCCCGUGGUCUUAAAACAGCCAGAAAACACGUGAACCAUCGUCGUGACCAACGUUGGGCCGACAAGGACUACAAAAAAGCCCAUCUGGGUACGAGAUGGAAGGCGAAUCCUUUCGGAGGCGCGUCCCACGCCAAGGGUAUCGUCCUCGAAAAAGUUGGCGUUGAAGCCAAACAGCCCAACUCCGCCAUUAGGAAGUGUGUGAGAGUGCAAUUGAUUAAGAACGGCAAAAAAAUCACGGCGUUCGUCCCCAGAGAUGGUUGCUUGAACCAUAUUGAAGAAAACGACGAAGUUUUGGUCGCCGGUUUCGGUCGUAAAGGUCAUGCUGUUGGUGAUAUUCCCGGAGUCAGAUUUAAGGUGGUGAAAGUAGCCAACGUAUCUCUCCUAGCGUUGUACAAAGAGAAGAAAGAAAGACCAAGAUCAUAAGUUAUAUAUUUUGUUAUGUACAAUUGACUUGGCACUUGUGUUUUAAAUAAAUGCAGGUUUCAAGUUGAAAACUUUGUUUUAUUUUUUUAUAUGAAAGACAUUUCAUAAGUAUUGUUUUACAGUCAUACAAUAAAACGUGAUAAUUUUUGUA